UCAAACCAAAAAUGUGGAAGGAAGAAGACAGUGUCCUUCAGCAGCAUGCCAUCAGAGAAGAAAAUAAGCAGCGCCAGCGACUGUAUCAGCUUUAUGCAGGCUGGGUGUGAAUUGAAGAAAGUUCGUCCAAAUUCCCGGAUUUAUAACCGUUUUUUUACUCUGGAUCCUGACCUGCAGGCUCUUCGCUGGGAGCCUUCCAAGAAGGACCUUGAGAAAGCCAAGCUUGAUAUUUCUGCUAUAAAAGAAAUCAGACUAGGGAAGAACACAGAAACAUUCAGGAAUAAUGGGCUUGCUGACCAGAUUUCUGAGGACUGUGCGCUGUCGGUAAUUCAUGGUGAGAACUACGAGUCCCUUGACUUGGUUGCCAAUUCGGCUGAUGUGGCCAAUAUUUGGGUAUCAGGAUUAAGGUACUUGGUUUCUCGUAGCAAACAGCCCCUGGAUUUGAUGGAAGGCAGCUACAAUACCCCGCGGUUUGCCUGGCUAAAAACUGUAUUCGAAGCAGCAGACGUUGAUGGUAAUGGCAUAAUGUUAGAAGAUACGUCUGUGGAGCUAAUAAAGAAACUUAACCCCACCUUAAAGGAAUCGAAGAUCAGAUUAAAAUUUAAGGAAAUCCAGAAGAGCAAAGAGAAACUGACAACAAGAGUAACAAAAGAGGAAUUUUGUGAAGCGUUCAGCGAACUUUGCACGAGACCUGAAGUUUAUUUCUUGCUUGUGCAGAUAUCUAAAAACAAAGAGUAUCUAGAUGCCAACGACCUCAUGCUGUUUUUAGAGGCGGAGCAAGGGGUGACCCACAUAACGGAAGAAAUGUGUCUCGAUAUUAUACGCAGGUAUGAGCUUUCUCAAGAAGGGCGGUUGAAAGGUUUUCUUGCAAUUGAUGGAUUUACUCAAUACUUGUUAUCCCCAGAAUGUGAUAUUUUUGACCCAGAGCACAAAAAAAUUGUCCAAGACAUGACACAGCCUUUGUCACAUUACUACAUCAAUGCAUCCCACAACACGUAUCUAAUAGAAGACCAGCUCAGAGGGCCAGCUGAUAUCAAUGGUUAUGUCAGAGCUUUGAAGAUGAGCUGUCGGAGUAUCGAACUAGACGUCUGUGAUGGCCCAGAUAACGAGCCCGUUAUUUGUAACCGCAACAACAUGACAUCGCCACUUGCCUUUCGCAGUGUCAUUGAGGUAAUAAACAAAUUGGCCUUCUUUGCUUCAGAAUACCCCCUGAUUCUCUGCUUGGGGAACCACUGCUCCGUACGACAGCAGAAGGUAGUGGUGCAACACAUGAAGAGGGUCUUUGGAGCAAAACUCUAUACAGAGGCACCUCUAUCCUCAGAAGUCUACCUCCCGUCACCUGAGAAACUGAAAAUGAAGAUCAUUGUGAAGGGGAAGAAGCUGCCCUGCGACCAGGAUAUAUUAGAAGGAGAAGUCACAGAUGAAGAUGAAGAGGCUGAAAUAUCCCGGAGACUGUCAGAGGACUUCUCGAGGGAACCGAAGCUGACCUGGCUCUGCAGGGAGUUGUCCGACUUGGUGUCCCUAUGCAAAUCUGUCCAAUACAAAGACUUUGAGACAUCCAUGAAAGCUCAAAACUACUGGGAGAUGUGCUCCUUCAGUGAGGCAGAGGCCAGUCGGAUCGCAAAUGAAUACCCUGAAGAUUUUGUCAACUACAACAAAAAGUUUCUGUCCAGGGUGUACCCGAGUGCUAUGAGGAUAGACUCCAGUAACUUAAAUCCUCAAGAUUUUUGGAACUGUGGUUGCCAGAUCGUGGCGAUGAACUAUCAGACCCCGGGGCCCAUGAUGGACCUGCACACUGGCUGGUUUCUACAGAACGGGGGAUGCGGGUAUGUCCUCAGGCCUUCAGUGAUGCGUGAGGAAGUGUCUUACUUCAGCGCCAAUACCAAGGGCAUUGUUCCGGGGGUGUCUCCCCAAGUCCUACACGUCAAAAUAAUCAGUGGUCAGAACUUUCCAAAGCCCAAGGGUGCAUGUGCAAAAGGGGACGUCAUAGACCCCUACGUCUGCAUAGAAAUACACGGGAUCCCCGCGGACUGCACCGAACAAAGAACUAAAACUGUUCAGCAAAACAGUGAUAACCCCAUUUUUGACGAAAGCUUUGAGUUCCAGAUCAAUCUGCCGGAGCUUGCCAUGAUCCGUUUUGUUGUUCUGGAUGAUGACUACAUUGGGGAUGAGUUCAUAGGGCAGUACACCAUCCCGCUGGAGUGCUUGCAGCCCGGAUACCGGCACAUCCCGCUGCGGUCUUUCGUUGGCGAUAUCAUGGAGCACGUUACCCUCUUCGUUCACAUUGCAAUAACCAACCGAAGUGGGGGCGGGAAGGCCCAGAAACGCAGCCUCUCGGUGAGGAUAGGCAAGAAGGCGAGGGAGUACACCAUGCUGAGGAACACCGGUCUCAAGACUAUCGACGACAUCUUUAAGCUGGCAGUGCACCCGCUACGAGAGGCCACCGACAUGAGAGAAAACAUGCAGGGGACCGUGCCCGAGGUGCAGAGGAAGGUCCUGGCGGCGUACGACCUGAUGAUUCAAGAGAGCAGGGUUCUCAUCGAGACGGCAGACAUCACUCAUGACAAGAUUGUGCAGUGCCAGAAAGCAGGAAUGGAAUUCCACGAAGAGCUUCAUAACCUUGGGACAAAGGAAGGUCUGAAAGGAAGAAAAUUAAGCAAAGCCAUUGAGAGUUUUGCGUGGAACAUCACGGUGUUGAAGGGCCAAGGGGACCUCCUGAAGAACGCCAAGAGCGAAGCCCUGGAGAACAUGAAGCAGAUCCAGCUGGCGUGCCUGUCGUGCGGGCUGAGCAGGACUGGCAGCGGGCACGCCGACGCCAAGGCCAAGCGGGGCCUGGAAGCGAUACAGGAGAAGGACACCGGAGACGAGAACGGGAGGCUGUGA